CAUAUGUGGUAUUUUCAUUUGUAACGAUUACAUAUUUUUGUGUUCCAUAUUUUUUGGGACAAUUUCAGACGUAGAAAUUUCCAAUAUAUAUGGUUUAUCUAGUGUGCUUAGAAACAAAAAUAAUAAAGACACAAUGUAAAAGUUACACAAAAUUUAUUGAUGUUUGGUUACAUUAUUAUUGGUGGAAAGUAAAAACGUCAUAUAUUAGACUUAAGUUGUCGUUUAGGUGGCAAGUAAGUUUUAGAAAGGGAACAGGGAAAUGAUUAUGGGCAGGUAAAACCUCUGGGAAUCCUGCGGCCACAAGCCCUACAGAGGAUGAUGAUAUUGGGAGAAAGAGUGGAACGUCGUGCUCUCACCAAAUCACAUAAGCAAGCAGCUGCUUCCGCGUCAGAUAGAUUGCGAAUGAGCGUACAGCAGGGCUGUGCCAGUCUAAAAUCUAAGAAGUUGCCAAAAAAUCUUAGGACAUUGGAACAUGUCCUUAUUUGGUUGGCAUUCCUGGGACAUGUGCCACGUGGAGGAGGUGGUGGUUGGAAUCUCGGAGGAGGGGGUGGUGGUUGGGAUUUCGGAGGAGGGGGUGAUGGUGAGUUGUUCGGUGGAGAUGUUGGUGAAGAAGGCGGCAGUGUUGUUGUUGGUGGAGGCGACGGUGGUGUAGUUGGAGGACGCACUGGUGGAGUCACGGGUGGUGUGUUUGGUGGAACCGUUGGUGGAGUUUGUGGUGGUGUGUUUGGAGGAGUUUCCGGUGGUGUGUUUGGAGGUGUCUGUGGAGGUGUGUUUGGUGGAAGCGUUGGUGGAAUUUGUGGUGGUGUGUUUGGUGGAAGCGUUGGUGGAGAUUGUGGUGGUGUGUUUGGAAGAGCUUCCGGUGGUGUGUUUGGUGGAAGCGUUGGUAGAGUCUCUGGUGGUGAGUUUGGAGGAGUUUGCGGUGGUGUCUCCGGUGGUGUGUUUGGUGGAAGCGUUGGUGGAAUCUGUGGUGAUUGGUUUGGAGGAGUUCCCGGUGGUGUGUUUGGAAGUGUCUCCGGUGGUGUGUUUGGAGGAGUUCCCGGUGGUGUGUUUGGAGGUGUUUCUGGUGGAGUAUUUGGAGGACUUUGUGGGGGGGUGUUUGGUGGAGUUUCUGGUGGUGUGAUUGGAGGAGUUUCUGGUGGUGUGGUUGGAGGUGUCUCCGGUGGUGUGUUUGGAGGAGUUCCUGGUGGUGUGUUUGGAAGUGUCUCUGGUGGUGUGUUUGGAGGAGUUCCCGGUGGUGUGUUUGGAGGUGUUUCUGGUGGAGUAUUUGGAGGACUUUGUGGGGGGGUGUUUGGUGGAGUUUCUGGUGGUGUGAUUGGAGGAGUUUCUGGUGGUGUUGUUGGAGGUGUCUCCGGUGGUGUGUUUGGAGGAGUUCCUGGUGGUGUGUUUGGAAGUGUCUCCGGUGGUGUGUUUGGAGGAGUUCCCGGUGGUGUGUUUGGAGGUGUUUCUGGUGGAGUAUUUGGAGGACUUUGUGGGGGUGUGUUUGGUGGAAUUUCCGGUGGUGUGGUUGGAGAAGUUUCCGGUGGUGUGUUUGGAGAAGUUUCUGGUGGUGUGGUUGGAGGUGUCUCCGGUGGUGUGGUUGGAGGUGUCUCCGGUGGUGUGUUUGGAGGAGUUCCCGGUGGUGUGUUUGGAGGUAUUUCCGGUGGAGUGUUUGGAGGACUUUCUGGGGGCGUGUUUGGUGGAGUUUCUGGUGGUGUUGUUGGAGGUGUCUCCGGUGGCGUGUUUGGUGGAAGCGUUGGUGGAGUCUGUGGUGGUGUGUUAGGAGGUAUUUCCGGUGGUAUGGUCGGAGGUGUCUGUGGUGGUAGGGUUGGUGGACCUGUUGGUAAAACUUCCGUAGGUGGUGUGGCUGGUGGACCCGUCGGUGGAGUCUCCGGUGGUAUGGUUGGAGGCAGUGUUGGUGGAAUCUGUGGGGUCACAGUUGGUGGAGGCGGUGGCGAUGGUUCUGGACAAGUACAUACUGGACAUGGUGGCGGAGGAAUGCGUGGUGGAGGUGGGCGGAGAUAGGGACGGUUUUGGGCUUGGGUUUGGCCGAGGAGAAGAAUGCUGAUCAGUGUAAGGAAGAGAGCUAAGGUUUUUGUUGAACCCUUUGGGGC